AUGUGUCCCAUGAGGUUCCUGUUGGUGUUUUUCUCCGCCGUAUUGGCGGCUUACAUCGCCUGGAAAUCAGUUCCUACAUCGUCGGAGCCCACCCAAGACAUGUUUUCCGAUGAUGACUCAUCCAUCAAAAAACAAGAAUCUAACAUCAUCAAGAUGGCUCAAGCUGGAUUCUGGGGAUUUGUUGAUAUGGCGAGUGGAAAGUAUCUAUGGAGAAACCUAAACCAGAUUAAGCAAGACUCAAAAGUCAAGAGUUCGUAAUCCUUGGGAUUUCAGAAGAAAACCCGACCCAUUUUUCAUGUAUUGAUAUGAGAAAGUCAAACAAUCCGCUUUGCUUGUGGUGUUUCUCAAUUUCUUGUGUAUCCAUGUCAUGUAUAAAAUCCUCUUCUUAUUCAUUA